GAAUGAUUGUGAUUGGCCAAUUUCAUAACAUCGAUGUUGUGACUUCGGCGUAAAGCGUGCCGUAUAAAUGUAGUAAAUGAUGUAUCAGCGUGAAAUGGAACGCAUCUUUGAUUAAAUAUAAUUGGUUGGUUCUAUAAGUAACAAUCAAUCAUAUUCAUUUGCUUGACGAAUAAGCUAGCCGCUUUGCCGACUUGAAUGCGUCCAUUAUGACAAAUAUCUUAACCUCUCUCGAACUUUAACCUUUAACAGUUAAUAACUUAUUUCGCGAGGCAUGUCGUCGCGAAUUGUUUUUGUCGAAAUCUUUCAUUUUGAGUGAAAACAUUUCGAAUGAGUACAUUUUUAUUAAGAUUGAAGGUGAGAAGAGUAUUUUUAAUAAUUAUCAAAGUGGAAAGAUAAGGGAUAAAUAAUAGCCAUUAUUUACAAGAAACUACAUUACAUGACAUUACACACUAUGUCGGAUAAAAAAACUGUAUUUGUUACAGUUGGCACAACAAAAUUUGAUGAUUUGAUAACUACAGUAUUGAGUCGUGCAGUUCUGGAGGCCUUAUCAGCACGUAAUUAUGGGCAUCUAAUCUUACAAAUUGGCAAUAGCAAAUUAGAACCAGAUUGUACUGCACGUUAUGGCUUCCAUAAAAUAGAAAUUUUUAGAAUAAGUCCAUCCAUUGGAGAAUAUCUGCAACUGACAGACCUUGUGAUAAGCCAUGCAGGUGCAGGAAGCGUGCUGGAAGCUUUAGAAAGACGGAAACAUUUAAUUGUGGUGACCAAUGAUCUCCUUAUGGACAAUCAUCAGAUUGAACUGGCUGAGCAGCUGUACAAAGACGAACAUUUGUAUUAUUGUACUUGUAAGAAUUUAUUGCACAUCAUACAAACAAUGGAUUUUGCAAAGUUAAAGCCGUUCACCAAUGACAAUAGUGUAGAUAUUGCUAAUUUUAUUGAUAAAGUAAUGGGAUUUAGGUGACAGUGUUGAGACUAUUUUGUCUUUCAUUGAAUAUAGGAAGAGACUGCUUUAUGUUAAAAAAAAGGUCAAAUAAUUAUGGGAACAAGCAGCAAUAUUUAUAUAUAUAUUUGAAUUCUUAACAUGUUUUACAAUAAGGAUACAUAUUUCAUAAAGUUUAAAUUCAUUAUUGUAUAUUAUAUGCUUGAUUUAAUUUACAAUAAUAAUACAUUAUAUAUUUAAACAAUCGUUUCUCAGAACUAUGUUUACAUAUUAUAGACAAAAUAACUCUUAGUUAAAUUGCGACAGAUCAUUGGCAGUUUUAACGUUCCCUUAGAUAAUUUGUAAAUUAUUAUUGGACAAUUGUUUUGUUUACCGUUAAUAUAAUAAUUAAUUCUGU